UUAGACACUUUUUUGUUUGAUUUGGGGAAAAGAUUUUUGAAUAUUUGGGAAGGCUCGAGUGCAUUUUAGGAAUUUGUAGAGUUGGGAAUUUUGGAAAAAACAAGACCGGGAAACCAGAAAACCGGGGAACCAGCUGUUUAUUCUAUUUAUUUUCGAUUUUCCAUCUUCAAUUUCUUCACCUAUUGGAUAUCGUUUGGUUGUUGAUUCAUGAGUAAAUUUAAGCUGGUUCGAAAAAUUUUGGGAAGAAAUUGAAGAUGUUGACAUAAUCAAAAAAAAGUUCCGAACACCAAAAAAUGUUGACAUAAUAGUCUACCACACACAAAACAUAGUUUGGGAGGUGCGUUGUUGGCUAUUGGAGUUGCUUUUGCCGGAGUUCAAUACCCCAGAAACCAGCCACUAUAAUUGCUACAACCAUACUUGUGUAGCAAACACUACUUACUUACCUUUACGAAUUGUGUCAAUAUUUGGUUUGGGGUUGGCCUACGCUGGAAGUAGGCGAAAGUCAACAAUCCAUUACAAAAAGGAGAGCGUUGUUGAACUUCUAAAAAAGGUUUUUAUUUACAGCAAGAAUUAUGUUUGCAAUUAAUCUAAAAUUUCAGACAUUUUCUAAUGAAAGCAUACAUCAAACAGAAAUUAAAGGAUUGACAGCGUUAUCUCUUGGUCUUAUUCUUAUUAUAUCAGGGAUGGGAAAUGGUGGUGUGGUGGAUCUUUUUAUGGACUAUUUUGUGAGCGGUGUCGACUUGAGUGACAAAAAUUUACGAUUGGUUGCACUUGGAAUUGGCUUAUAUUUUUGGACUUAUAUGUAUUAA